AUGGCUUCUCGACGACGACUGUCUGCUGGAGCGGAAAUUGCUGGUAUUGCCCAGUAUGAUCUCAAAAUUCUGAACCCUGGCGACAUCGUCAUCAAUGUCGAGGGUGCUUUUAUUGUGGACGAAGACCAAGUUGAUGGCAGAUUAACACCACCGGACACAAGAGACAUUGCUCUGCCUCAUCAUACUGGAAAGGUGUCACAUAUUGCUGUGGAUAUUGGUGGAACAUUGGCCAAAGUUGUCUAUUUCACACAAAACAAGCAUGGUAAGGGAGGCCGUUUAAACUUCACUAAAUUCGAGAGUUCUAAAAUUGAUGAAUGUAUCGAUUUUCUAGUUUCACUUAUUAAACGGAACGGCUCCAAUGGUUCCGAGACCACAGAUUCAACUGAUAAUGACGGAUCAACUAUACAACAUCACAUUGUUGCAACCGGUGGAGGAUCAUAUAAAUUUUACGAUCGCAUGAGAGGCAGACUUGGAAGCAACGUUUCGGUAUCUAGAGAGGAUGAGAUGGAAUGUUUAAUAUCAGGACUUGAUUUUUUCAUAACACAAAUUCCAGAAGAAGUGUUUUGCUAUUCAGAAUCCAACCCUAUGAGUUUUCCCUCCAGACCUCCUAAUAAAUACCCCUGUCUUUUAGUGAAUAUGGGAUCAGGUGUCAGUAUGCUCAAGGUUCUUGGGCCCCGAAAGUUUGUUAGAGUAGGUGGUAGUUCGUUAGGUGGGGGUACACUUUGGGGUCUUUUAUCACUAUUGACUGAUGCUGGUUCGUAUGAUGAGAUGCUGGAAAUGGCUGCUACAGGAGAUAAUAGCAACGUUGACAUGCUAGUAGGUGAUAUAUAUGGUACUGAUUAUGCCCGUAUUGGACUCAAGGCAUCUACAAUUGCUAGUAGUUUUGGCAAAGUAUUUAAGAAAGCCAGGGAAGAGCCUGACCACAGUAAAAAGCAGAGCCUUUUUGAUGGAGGUGAUAUCAGCAGAAGUUUACUCUAUGCAAUCAGUAACAAUAUUGGACAAAUUGCAUACUUGCAGGCUCAAAACCAUCAGCUUGAACACAUCUACUUUGGAGGUUCGUACAUCCGUGGACAUCCCCAGACAAUGCACACAUUGUCGUACGCAAUCAAUUUCUGGUCCAAAGGAGAGAAGACUGCAUACUUUUUGAGACAUGAAGGGUAUCUUGGAGCUGUAGGAGCAUUCAUGCAAACUAAGCCAACAGACUGGAUUGAUGGAAACUAG